AUGACGUUGUUGCAGAUGAGAUGGCGACUGGCCGGCAGGAUGGGCUUACAAUUAGCUGCGGCCGUGUUCUGCAUGCUGCCACUCUUCACAUCCUCCACCGGGGACAUAAGACAUCAUGGCGCGUCAAGAUCUCGCGGUUGGCGCAGCGGCGUGCAGCCGGCGAUUGACGCCGCCGCAAACAACUCCGUGAGCAACGUGACGGCGCAGCUCGGCGGCACCGCAUACCUACACUGCCUUGUUGGCCAUCUCAGUGAGAGAGGGCAAGUUUCCUGGAUCAGGAAACGUGACUGGCAUAUCUUGAGCUCCGGCAAGUUUACGUAUACUAACGAUGAACGAUUUCAGGUAUUACACGGCGAAGGAUCUGAAGAUUGGACAUUGCAAAUCAAGUUCGUCCAGAAAAGGGACAACGGGACCUAUGAAUGCCAGGUGUCAACGAGAACAGGAAUCGUGUCGCAUUACGUGCGUCUCCAGAUCGUGGUACCGGAGGCGUUCAUCCUGGGCUCGGGAGAACAUCACGUGGACAUGGGGAGCGUCAUACACCUUAUAUGCAUUGUGGAGAAGAGCCCAACACCGCCGCAAUACGUGUUCUGGUACCACAAUGACCGCAUGAUAAACUACGAUGCGACGCGCGGCGGCAUUACCGUAGAGACGGAACCGGGGGCGAGGACACAGUCUCGUCUCACGGUCCGAGGAGCUACCCUCAAGGACUCCGGUAACUACACAUGCAGUGCCAGCAACACCGAACCCGCAUCGAUACACGUGUUCGUGUCUGAAGGCAGCAACAAAAUGGCGGCGAUCCUGCGGCGAAACACUAGCGCCAUCCACGGCAUCACGUCGAGCGCCACGUGUCUUCUGCUGCUAGCCUCCGUUAUGAUCCACUUCGGUCUACGAUGACGCUGGCGGUAGACCGCCUGCGAAGCUCAAGAACACCUACCAUGGAUAUAUCAUUUAUAAAACUAGACUUUGUGUUAGUUUUUUUAAAGUUUGUUUUUGUAGUAAUAAAAUCUGUCAAGUAUGUAUAUUUUAUACUACUUUGUUAAUGAAUAAGACAAAGGAAAGGCAAGGAACAUUCUAUUCAUAACGCCUAUGAAUGACAAAUAUGGUAAAAAUUUCGUUUGCAAGAUUUUGAUGGUCAGGCAAAUUAAAAAUCAUUCCUAUUUUAUCUCUUUUGCCUCGUCUUAACUUACAAUGUCUAUUAUUAGGUUUAAAAAUAUCUGGAUAUUUCCAAUCUAAGCCACUUCUUUGUUGGACACACUUCUUUGUUUAUUUAUUCGACUUACUAUCAAAAUAAUACGCACUCGGAUCGAACCACCAACAGAAGACCAUCACUGAAAUGUAAUAGCACUCGUACCAAUGAUACAGGAUAUUAAAACUAUUGGAUGUGGGAGAUUAAUGUGUGUAACAUAAGUAUAAUAAAAUAAUAAGAAUAUCAACCCACUAUUAUAUACUGAGUAGUUUAAGCCCUAGUCCACCCCGUGGGCCUAGUGUGGAUUGGUAGACUUCACACACCUUCGAAAUUAUUAUAAACCUCUCAGGUAUUCAGGGUUCCUCAUGAUAUUUUCCUUCACCGCUAAAGCAAGCGAUAAUUCACAAAUAAUACACACAUAAGUUUUUAGAAAAGUCAAAGGUGCCCUCAGGUUUUUUUAAACUGCUGACUUUCGUCUCGGCAGUCCGUUCCACUCCCAACUAGGCUAUCGCCGCAUCUACGCGCCUUAGAUAUAAAUCUUAAAUAAUUAUAGGUGCAACUAUAACUACACAAAACAGUAUUAGUAGGUAAAUGUGCAUUUUCAUUGCAAAACACACGUUAAUUGAAAGAAUUUUUGUUCGUCGCAAUAAACAUAAUAUGAGUGCCGCGGCCUUUCUAGAUGGUCUAAGGUUCAAUCUGUAAGCAGUACUUAUCUUAUAUUCCGUGGCUCUACCUUUCUUUUAAAUUUUGUUCACCUUACGUACCUUUAAAUACAUUGAUUCAGUUGUCUUGAUAUGCUAUGGUUUAUGUGACUUCUUCUUGUAGAAAACAUGUGUGAACAAUAUAAAUGAUUCCUAAAAUGCA